AACACCAGUACACCACUACUGCUACCAGGAGUUCUCUCUCGAGAGCAAGCUGUACUACGAAAUCGAUUCCUCGCCGUCGAUUUACAGAGGUGUGGUCGAUCGUUCCUGACCGGUGGAAAGUCGGAUCGUGGUGUGCGCUUUCUACUUUUCUAGGGCACCAUGAUCACGGGCUUGGCCGUGUACCAUGUCGUGGAGGCGAUGGCGCCGCUGUACACGGCGGCGGUGCUCGGGUACGCGUCCGUGCGGUGGCUCAAGGCCUUCUCCGAGGAGCAGUGCGCGGGGAUCAACCACUUCGUCGCCAUCUACGCCGUGCCGGUGCUCAUCUUCAACAUGGUCUCCACCAACAACCCCUACGCCAUGAACGGACGCCUCGUGGCGGCCGACACGCUGCAGAAGGCGGUCAUGCUGCUCGGCCUCGUCGCGUGGGCCGCGUGGGAGUCCCGCUCGCGCCGCCGCCGCCGCCGCUCGGACGACGGAGGCGGCAAGGCUGCUGCUUCGGCUGCGGCGGCCUCCCCGCUGCAGUGGGUGGUGACCGCCUUCUCCGUGGCGUCGCUGCCCAACACCAUCAUCAUGGGCGUGCCGCUCCUCGGCGGCAUGUACGGGGCCAUGUCCAAGGACCUAAUGAAGCAGAUCGUCGUCAUGCAGUUCUGCGUCUGGUACAACGUCGUCAUCUUCAUCUACGAGUACAUGGCGGCCCGGCGCGCCGCGACGGCCGUGGACGGCGGCGCCAAGAUCAGCCCCGGGUCGCCUGGGGCGGUGCCGUCAGCUGAGAAAAUCGCCACCCAUGACGAGGCCGCCGUCGCGGCCAAGCGGGCCCACGAAGUAACCGUAAACAUUGAGAUCACGGAGGUUACCCCGGCGUCUACGACACAGCAAAAAGACGGGCCAGACGACACAACAACGACGAGUGCCGAUGCGGAGGCAGAGCAAGCGUCGUCGCCGCCGGCGAAGUCAACGGCGCCGUCGGUGAGGCACAUCGCGUUGAUGGCAGGGAAGAAGGUUCUCAAGAUUCCGAAUACCUAUGCCAGCUUCCUUGGCCUCAUCUGGGCUCUGAUCGCAUUCAAGUACGUGCGGGAUGAAGAUGCCAAAAAUAAUCGACGACUCGCUGUUCACGAUCCAGACGACGGCGGUUGGGCUGAGCAUGUUCGCGUCGGGGACGUUCAUAGCGCGGCAGUCGCGGUUCGUGCCGUGCGGCUACGCGAUCGCGUCCAUGUCGAUGGUGCUCAAGUUCCUGAUCGGCCCGGUGGUGAUGCUGCUGGCGUCGCUCGCCAUCGGCAUGCACGGCACCCUGCUGCACAUUGCUGUCGUACAGGCGGCACUCCCCCUAGCCGUGACUUCAUUUGUGUACGCUGAAGAAUACAAGGUCCAUGCAGACAUCAUGAGCACAGGGGUCAUUCUUGGGAUAUUUAUCUCGCUCCCCGUCACCAUUGUAUACUACAUUGUAUUAGGGCUAUGAUCGAGCUAUCAAGAUCGAUCUCCAAGACCUGAGAGUGCAUGUCACACAGAGAAGACGUGCCACCAAACAGCUCAACUGGGCAACUCAAUUGCAGUUUCCAGAAUCCAACUUGACUGCACCAUGAUAAUCCAAAUUCAAGAAUCAAGAGAAUCAUUAUGAUGUUUUUGAAUGUGGUUAAUCAACAGAAGUUCAUCUUUUCAGUAAAAUAUGAUUGUAAUGUUAGUCAAAACUUCGCAUUGGAUAAAAAAUACUACCUCAUUUCUUGUUUA